AUGGGCCUCCGGACGCCGGCGGCGUGCCGGGCACAAUCCAUGCUGGUGUCGUCGGACUGUGGCUUGUCGCCCGAGGACAGGGCGAGCGCCGGGCUGCUCGUGAGCAUCACCGCCCGCGCCGUCGCGCUGCCGCAGCUGGGCGGCCUGGAGCCCGAUUUUGGCCACGUCCUGUCCCUGGCGAUGCUGCCAGAGCGGCUGGCGCCGCAGGCGAUCGAGGGCGAGCAUUGCGCCGCGAGGGAGGCGGCGUGGCUGGACAAGGCCUCGCGCGAGGACGCGGAGUCCCUCGGCGUCGCCAAAGCCGCCGCCGCGGCGCUGCGGGCCUCGGGGCUGGUGCCCCCCGCGGGCCUCCUGCUCGCGGGCGGUGGCGCCGCGGAGCGCCUGGCCCCGGCGGCGCUGGGCGAGCCGGGGAGUCUGGAGCGCCUGCUCCUCGAGGUACACGCCAGGAUCUGCUGCAACAGCUUCGGCCUCUCUGCCGGCGCGGCGGACGACGGCGAGCCUGCGCUGGAGGGCUGGGGCCUCUGGCCCGCCGCCUCGCUCUUCAAUCACGACUGCAUGCCCACGCUCUACAUCGAGCACGGCAGAAAGGCGGGCGACCACGGGCAGCUGGUGUUCCGGGCCCUGCGCGGGGUGGCCGCCGGCUCGCACCUGACGAUAUCGUACGGCAGGGCCGGUGGCCGGCAGACCGCGCAGGCCCGCGCCAGGACCAUGCGCGAGGUCUGGCGCUUCGAGUGCAGGUGCGAGUACUGCCGGGGCGCGGCCUCGCCCGAGGCCUCCGCCGCCUUCUUCGAGCGCUUCCGCUGCAACGGCUGCUACUCCAUCGGCCCCGCGCGCGGCGCCGCAGGCUGCGGGGGGGCCCGCGCGAAGAAGGGCUGCUCGUGCCAAUCAGCCUCCAACCGACUCGCCAACUGA